AUAAGGUGUGAAAACAUAAAAAUAAAUAUUAAAUAUGUUUUAUUUUAUGUCGAAAAAUACAAAAAUAUGAAUCCAAACAGAGUGAUCGCAUGUGUCGCAAUUUAAAUAAUUUCUAGAAGUAGUCUCGGCUGUCGGGCAUCCAGCCUAUCGUCAUCGCCGCCAUAGGCAAGAACACCCUAUCAACAUCUGCAUAAUGCAUGAUAUCAUGUUGAAUUUCCGUCCCUAUAAAGCUGCGCCUUGGACCAAGAUGUAUAGAGCACAGGGGGGAAUCAAACUCGGCCGGGAACAGAAGGGAUGGCGGCAACAGCGAUGGCGAUGGCGGCUACGGUGGCGGUGGACCUGCCGAGGCUGAAGCUUGGGAUGCUAGGACUGGAGGUGUCGAAAAUCGGGCUGGGCUGCGUGGGGAUGUCGGCGACAUACGGCCCGCCCAAGCCCGACUUCGAGAUGAUUAAGCUACUUCACCACGCUGUCGAUUCUGGGGUCACCUUCUUUGACACUUCAGAUUUCUACGGUCCCCACACCAACGAGAUACUUCUGGGCAAAGCUUUCAAAGGAGGGAUGAGGGAAAAAGUGCAGUUAGCUACCAAGUUUGGUGUACGUUUGAAGGACGAUGCACUGGAUAUUCGGGGCGACCCCGAGUAUGUGAAGUUUGCUUGUGAGGCCAGCUUGAAGCGUCUGGACACUGACUGCAUCGAUCUCUAUUACGUUCAUCGGAUUGAUACUCAAGUGCCUAUCGAAAUUACUAUGGGACAGCUCAAGAAACUGGUUGAAGAAGGGAAAAUCAAACACGUAGGCUUGUCGGAGGCGUCUGCUUCAACGAUCAGAAGGGCUCAUGCUAUUUACCCAUUGACGGCUGUGGAAACCGAGUGGUCCUUGUGGUCAAGAGACUUGGAAGAAGAAAUAGUUCCUACUUGCAGAGAGCUCGGGAUAGGAAUUGUACCAUACAGUCCCCUCGGACGUGGUUUCCUUGCAGCAGGUCCCAGCUUCAUUCAGAAUUUGUCUGACAGCGACUUUCGCAAGAGGUUCCCAAGAUUUAAGCCGGAAAACCUUGAGCAGAACAAGAAAAUAUACGAAUGCAUAUGUGAAAUGGCAACAAGAAAGGGAUGCAGUCCUGCACAACUAGCAUUAAGUUGGGUCCUUGCUCAAGGAGACGAUGUUUGCCCCAUACCUGGUACCACGAAGAUCGAGAAUCUAGACCAGAAUAUAGGAGCAUUGUUUGUGAACUUGACUCCAGAAGAGAAAGACGAGCUCGAAUCAUAUGCCUCUGCUGAUGUGAUUAAGGGUGACAGGCAUGCCUUCAUGUCGAAUACUUGGAUGAAUUCAGAAACACCUCCGUUAUCAAAGUGGAGAGUCGGGGGAGGAGAUCACCAUUACGGUAUCUAACUGAUCAACAACGUCGAGCAAAUCAACGUGACCAUAUGUCUUUCGUUCAGCUAUUUAUACGUCUCCAGUUGAUCUUCCAUCCUCUCUGGGCAUUUUAGCAGUCAAAACAAACUAUCUUGUUGCCCCUGUUACUUAGAUCAAGCCAACUGUUGCACUAUAGCAUUACUAUUUAUAGCUAUGGAAAACUUUCCACUAUAACUUUUCAUGGCAAAUCAGUUUUGCAAC